CACCGUGUUAUAGUGCGGUCGAGAUCUCGAGAUACUCAGAGCAACUGCGUUACCGAAUCAAUCGCGAAAUUUCUCGAGAAUUCGGCACUGAUUCGCUUGCUUCGUCCUCUACUUUUCCAGCCUGUUGAGCCCGUGGCUUGCCGUGUGUUGUGCCCCUGACUCUGUCUGGUUGGAUUGGGACCCUCUCGAUUAACUACAAAAGACAUUUUUUUUUUGUGAUCUGAAAUUUGGUGUUUUUUUUUUUUUUGAAUUUUAAAUAGGCAUGAAGAAUAGGCAAAGUGCGGAGGUCGAUUUGCAGGGGUUGCAACCCUUUUCUUAUGAUGAUUCGGGCAACAGCUGUGGCUCUUCUGUGGUGUCCGAUUUUACCGGAAACGAAGACGAAUGCGUACUUCAAGUAUCCGAUUUGGAAUCCGAGAGCAACGAUUGCAGAUCUGAAGUUUUACAGUGCGACUUGGGCCAAGAAACAGACGACGAAGAUGUGGAACUGGGGAGCUCGCACUCCUUCAGAGGCUCCCCGCAAAGCAAAGAAAACAGUUUCGACGAAGAUACUCAAGCCAGACUAGCUGUAUUGUCAUACGAGCAAAUUUGCAAAUUGAAUGAUGUCAUGGAAGAAACUGUAUCCAUCGUUGGUAGAGGUAAUUUUCCCACACUCGAAGUAAGAUUGCGGGAUUUGGUUGAUAUAGUCAGAGCGAAAUUAGAAGGUGAUCCAACAGCUGGUGGCGCUGGCAUGCGUGUUCGCGACAUACGACUCAACGGCGGAGCCGCUUCACAUGUUUUGGCUGCUGGUGAGUGUCAAGACCAGCCAUAUAAUGACGUAGACCUCAUUUUUGGGGUUGAACUGAGCUCGCCCAGGAACUUCGACAAGGUCAAAGCCGCGGUUCUGAGUUCGCUGUAUGACAUGCUGCCGGAUGGAGUCAGUCGCAAACGAAUAUCCACUUGCAGUCUAAAAGAAGCUUACGUCAGCAAGAUGGUCAAGGUAAACAAUCCAACGGAUUCCGGUGACCGGUGGUCGCUAAUCUCCUUAGGUUGCCAGCGUGGCAGAGGAGUCGAACUAAAAUUCGUGGAUCGCAUGAGACGACAAUUCGAGUUCAGCGUGGACUCGUUCCAAAUAGUCCUCGACUCUCUGCUGUUGUUUUAUCGUUGCAAUACCGGCGACGAGCAGGAAGGAGGCAGGGCGCCUCCUAUCAGCGAAAAUUUCUAUCCUUCCGUAGUAGGCGAAUCGGUAUUUGGAGAUUUCCGAGAGGCCUUACGUCACUUACAGAAACGUUUGAUAUCGACGAGGCGGCCUGAAGAAAUACGAGGCGGCGGCUUAUUGAAGUAUUGCAAUCUGUUAGUGAAAAAUUAUCGGCCGGCGCAUCCAGAUUAUAUCAGAUCAUUAGAAAGAUACAUGUGUUCGCGCUUUUUCAUCGACUUCUCAGACGUUGGACAACAACGAAUAAAACUAGAAACGUACCUGUGGAACCAUUUCGGUACUGGAACUGAAGAAUCAUCGUCCAGGCACCGUUUCCUUUUGCUCCUUCAUGACGUGGUCGCUCAGAGCACAGUAUGCCUGAUGGGCCACGAACGCAGACAAACGCUGCAGCUCAUCAGGAGCCUGGCAUGGCAGGUUCUCUACCAAGACCAAACCCAUCAGCAGCAACAACAGCAGCAGCAACAGCAACAACGUAUGAUGGCAACAGCAGCCACAGCACCUCCUCAAGCACCUCAAUUGGUAUUCGCCAAUGGGUGCCUCUACGCCCCAAUAACGAUAGCUGCGCAGCCCUGCCAGUACUGCGGCUGCCCGUGCCCAUCCACGUUUAUGAUGACGUGCUGCAGCACGUGACCUGAUCUUGAAUCAUCGUAAAUGUUCGAUUAAAAUCGGUAAAAAAAAAAACGUUAACUUGCGAUCGGAAACGAAUUAUUAUGACGAGUGGAUGGAUAUUGUUUCGAGGUAAAAUCUUUGUUGAAAUGCUGUCUAUGAUGAGGGCUUAGUUUGAUAAAAGAUUAAUAAUCCCCUAAAUUAUAUGGUUUAAUUGAACAACAAAAAUAUAUAGUUUGAUAUGAAAACAGGGGAUUUUUUUAAUUUUUUUUCAAUACAAGUUACCAAUAUGAUUUUGUUAUGUGUAUAAAUAAAUUUGAUCUCAACCCUCUUGUAGCAUUUUAACCAAAGAAAAGUCCAUCCGUUCGUCACAAAAAUCCGCCAGCAAGAAAAAUAUAAAAAACACAAAAAAAAUAAUUAUUUAAUUUCAGUUUAAAAAAAUUAUUAAAUGAAAUAAACGACCGGUGAUAAAAAUUAGGAAGCGCAUUAUAAAUGUGUCUUGUAGAAAACAAAAACAUUCCUCAUUAUUUGAAUAUAGAACAAACGACUGAGAGGUUGAAAACUUUCAUGCUCCAAAAAAACGUUAGAUGGUAGUUUAUGACAUCACAUUUAAUGUAAACGCAUAUUUCAUUCCAAUAUAUGCAGAAAUAAUACAUUUUAUUUAUGAAAAUAUGUUUCACAAAGCUUUUUUUGAACUAUUUCAGUUUUUCAGCUUCCGAUUUUUCCUUUUGCAACAAGGGAAAACCUAAAUUGAAAAGCUGAUUUGAAUGCUCGAAAGCUCUAAUAUUUUUUGAAAACAUGGCCAUUCUAGCUUCUGUAAAAAAUAAAACAUGAACAAUCAGACGAAAUACAAAAAACUGUGACAAUGAAUUUUUGCUAGACUUAAUAAUUGUUACAGCCCUACUUGUUUAAGGCGGAGUUGGCAUCAUUCUAAUAUUUUAGUUGGUCGAAAAAAAUAUAAAUUCAUGAAAUGCUGACUUGCCUGUAUGUUAAUGUAAGGCUGUGAAACACAAAUAUUGAUUGGUUGUGUAUUUGAGAUUCUCUUUUUUAGAGUCGAGACUGAUAGAGGUCUCGAUUUUAUUUUCUAUUAGGGGUGGUUCCAAAAGUUGUAGGUUUUUAUCCGUUAAUAGUACAGCAAAAUUGGGAGUCAAAGGAGCUAAAGUUUAUGGAAAAUUAGUACAUUGCUGCCAAAGUAAUUUUAACUUGAAUAUUCCAAAAUUAAUUCAAAUAACUAUUUGUUUUGCUCAUUUUUAAAGCCUAAAGCAAAAUUUUGAUUUUUGGACGAUUUUUGUAAUAGGGCCCAAGAAAAAAUGUCAGCCCAGAACAUCAUUCAGGCCUAGUAAAAUUUGAUUUUGGCAAAAACUAACCCAGUUUCAAGGGUAAUUUCUACUACGAAGUUUAGGGAUGUUUUAUUUGUGUCAAAAUUGCAAAACUUUGAUAGCCCUGUGAAAAUGUUUCAUAACAUUGCGAGUCGAUAAAAUUAUAAGCCAAUAAAAAUUCCUUUAGCUAAAGCUUCUGCUGAACUGUAUCAACUAUUGGAACCACCUUUGUGUUAUGUUUCGCUCAAUGUUGACAAAAAAAAUUUGAUUUUAGGAGUAGGAGUGUCACUAAGUCACUGUCGUUGGGGCGUUCUUAAGUUUAUACAGGGAAAAGAAUUUUAUUGCAUUUCAAGGAGCAUAUCUCAAAAAAAAAACUCCUAGUUUCUCGUUUAGCCUAAAUCUCUCAAACAAGUUAAACUUUGAGCCACCCAAUAUACAUACAGUACAUAUGGUAUGAGCAUAUUUUAAAACCUAGAUUUUUAAAAGAGCUAAAAUUUAAUGAUGAAACAAACAAUGUUUGCUAAGACAUACAUUUCUGUUUGCUAUGUUCUUUAUUAUGCUGUCAAAUAAAUGAUAACAAGUCUACGUAUCACCACCAAAAAUCAGUGAAAAUUAAGCAAUGGUUAAUAAAAUAUGCUCUAUACUCUGGUGUCUCAUGUACAUAUUAGGCAAAUCAAAAAAAAAAAUAUAUAUAUAUAUAUUUAAUUAAUAAAAUAUAAUAAUUCGUUGUGUAUAUUACACUGUUAAAACAAAACUGAGUUGCGAAACACUCUUUAUUGAUGAGAAAAUUAAAUUAAGUACCAUUGUCGCUGACUUUUUUUUGUGCAGUUUACAAGUACCCAUAGUUUGUAGGUUCUAAAUAAAAUAGAAAUGGUAUAUACCUAAAUAAUAAAUAAAUUAACUACUACAUUAGCAUCUUAUUAUUGAUUAUUCAAUUUACUUAUUAUGUCUAUUCUAUUAUUGUAGGAUAUUUAUUUUGUAGUUGUAGACAUAAUAAAACAAAAAUAAAGCGCGCGGCCUCGCGGAUAUGUAAGUUGAUAUAUUUUUUCUUGAUGAAACUUACAUGGGAUUGGAUGUGCAUUUGAAAUGUUUGGUAAAUAUAACAAAAAAUUGUUUUUGGAGGUUGGUUUGAAAGAUUUUAUAAUUUGCACUUUGUCAAACCUCAAACCAUUCAUUCCAAUGGAUGAUACAAGGUAGAAAUUUAUAAAAUUCAAUUUGGAUGAAAAUACUUGCCUUGUAAUAUCGUUUUCUUCUCGUUGUUUACAAUAUAAUUAUUAAUACAGUUACCAAAAAAAAAAAAAAAACGGUGGAUCUUAUUGUUUAUAAAGAUUUCCAAUAAUUGAAAAUAGUGUGCCAUCACAAAACAAUUUUAAAUAAACGAACUAUGGAGCAUUUUACAUAUUUUUCUUAUUUUAGAGAGAUAUAUUUUUACAAAAAGAGAGAUACCUAUUCAUACAUGCUUGCCAAAAUCAAAAUGUACAAAAAAAAUAAAAAAAUAAUAAUAUUUUAUUUUUAGAAAGAUGUAUUAUUAAAGAGCCGCCUAAAAUUAUUUAAUAUUAUUUGUGUUACUUAGCAGCUUUUUGUAAAUAUAUUUUUAUAAUAAGUAAUUAUAGAAAGAUACAUUUAACAAUCUGAAGUUUAAAUGUUAAACUUUCACACAAAACUUAAAUCCACAUUUCAACAUAAUAUCUAUAUUUUAGAACGUGAUUUUUAGAUUAAUAAGUACCUACCACAUACAUAAAUAUGAAAAUAAUGUAAUUCAAGAUUCGCCGUUAAUUAAAAAAAUAAAUAAAUAAAAUAAACAAUAUAGAGAUUAAAAUAACGUAUAUUAAACGAAAUAUCUAUUUUGAUUGAGAAAGGUUGUAUAAAACUAUUUGGCGGGGCUUGAUCUGUAUAUUUUUAUUGUUCCCGCGAAGCCCCCAGGUAUGAUUUAAACAAAUAUUUAAAUGUGAAAACUAUAAAAAUCAAUAAAAGUGUCUAAAAAAAUUUAUCCAUUUUGUGUUUCAUUUAAGUAAAUAAGUUAAGCU